AUGGAAGGUCUCUACAUUAACAGCAGCUCACAGAACCAAAGAUACGAUCACAACUACACCACCUCCAAAUACCAGAAUAACGAGUAUCUCAAAAAACUUUAUUUCAUCAGAGAUGUGGUCACAUACAUAGUCGUUGCUGUCGGCCUUCCUCUGACCCUGGUGGCCAUCUAUGCUCUUUAUUCUAUGGUGAGAAGAGAUCAUGUUGCUCCCAUCUACCUCAUCAACCUUCUCAUUACUGACGUCCUUCAGUUCUGCUGCAUGAUCGUUCGGGUGGCACCAAAUGUGGAUAAGAAGAUAAAUUUCAUCUUCAUAUUUAUUUACCUCUCUGCUCUGUUUGCCAGUGUUUUCUUCAUGGUCUGCAUCUCCCUGGAAAGGUAUUUGGUCAUCGCCCACCCACUGUGGUACCGCUGCAGACGAACCAUCAAGACCUCUGUGGUGCUCUGUGUCCUGGUCUGGGUCCUUUCUGCUGUCUGUGGCUUCCUUAAUUUUUUCAUUGAGCGUGUGGUCAGAUACAUACUCUUCACCAUCCUCCUCCCUCCCUUCCCACUGUUAAUAUUCUCCCUGGUUGGGACCCUCAAAGCCCUGUCUGCUUCCAUCUCGGUCCCCUCUGAUGAAAAACGACGAAUUGUGGGAAUUUUGGUUCUGGUGCUGCUUAUUUACACUCUGCUGUUCCUGCCCAGCAUCAUUUGGUUGCUGGAAGAAAACUCUGAGAACCUCGACUUCCUGUCUACCAUCUUCAUCAGGCUGAGUCCUCUUGCAGACACGUUCCUGUAUGUGUUCAUGAGGAAAGGGUCCAUAGACAAGCUUUUGGCCUCUGUGUGUUGCUGCAGAAUGGACAACUUCAUGUAGGCAGAGAAAGAGGGAGAGAGAGAAAGGGGAGGAAACAGGAGGACACAUCUUUGGCACUUUGUACAUUUUAAGUGUAAUUUCUGCUGUUUUAGUGGUAGGCAUGCUUCUGUUUAGGAUGGGAUUCAGAGCAGCUGUUUUGCAGCAGCUGUGCUUGGCAAUCUGGAUAAAAUCUUAUACCACAGUAUAUGAAAUUGUACUUUUUCUGGAAAUUCAAUAAAAAUCAGU